AUUAUGUCACAUAUAAUGUCAUUAAGAUCAUUUAUUCUGAUAAGCUUAGUAUAUGUAGGAUAUUGUAAAGAGUCAGGUGAAAAACAUCUAACAAUUCUUACUCAAUCUAUAGGAUCUAUGUUGGUUUCAGAAAUAGGAGACAAAGUAUAUAAAAAGUUAAAAGAUAAAAAUAGACAUUUUUCUUGGCGGCCAUAUUGUCAAUGAAAUUUAAUAGAAUAGCUGUAUUCACUGGAGCAGCAGGAGCAUUGGUCUUAAUGACAGCUAUAAGUUGUGCUUUUGGUAUUAUAGUUCCAACUCUUUUGCCAAGAUUUUAUACUGCGAUUGUUGUGACCAUUAUAUUUUAUUUCUUUGGUUGUAAACUUCUCUUUGAUUGGUAUCAUAUGGAGAAUGAAGGGGAUAAAGAAGAAUUGAAAUAAGUGGAAUUGGAGUUAGAAGAAUUAGACAAAAAAUUACUCAGCAGCCAUAAAAUAAUUGAUCCUGAAAAUCCAUCUGAAGGACAAAAAUAAGGUAAAUGAUUUAAAUCAACUAAGAUUUGGUAUCUGUUGUGCCAAUUUAAUAAAUUAUAUGGUAAGCCUUUAUAAUGACAUUUUUGGGAGAAUGGGGUGAUAGAAGUUAGAUAACAACAAUAAGUUUAUCUGCUGUUUAAGAUGCUGACAUAGUGUUUUUAGGAUGCAGCAUAGGACAUUUAAUAUGCACUACUAUAGCUGUAGUUGGAGGAAAACUGUUAGCACAUUAAAUUUCUGAAAAGACUGUUAAUUUAGCAGGAGGAAUAGUAUUUAUAAUAUUUGGGUUGAUGCAUACUUAUGAUUUAAUAACUGGUAAUUUGGAUUGAAU